ACUAAUUGUUAACAUUGGAUUGUCACUAUUUGGAUAACCAUUUAGUAGGCAAGUUAAUUGUUUCUCCUAAUGUUUGGCCAAUUGUUUUUAAUCACAAUUCUAAAUGUAAUCAAUUCCAACAGAGUUUGCUAAUUGUCUCUGUUUCUCCCUUGAUUUUAUUUUCAAUUUUGAUUCAUUUUAUUUUCGUGAUUUGUUUUGUUUUUAAUGAAUGAAAACUCAAUGGAUUCUAAUAGUUUAACGACCGACAACUCUUGUGACCCUUCAUUGUUACCUUUGGCCGCUCGUCGGGCUCUUUUCGAGCCGAAGAUCAAUGGUACAAUCAUUCUGGACAAAGCGAAUGUCACUGAAGCUCUGACCGCUUUUAGAAAGAUCGACGAGCUGCCAAAAGAAAACGGUGCUUAUUAUAACCUUAAUGGCGAUGAUUCUAAUUGUGACUUUAAUUCCGCUGAUUAUGAUCAUUUUAUUUCUUCCGAAGAUGAGUCUAGUCAUCUAUCGUCAGAGAACAAUAGUUUUGUCACCCAAUCGACUCGAUUAUAUCCCGAAUUACCUCAACUUGAAGAAAUUAGUUUACCUUGUGAUGGAAGUGACAAUAAAUCACCAGAAUUUCAUCUCAUCUCACCGAUCAACAGGUCGGAUGAACCAUCGCCAAUUGAAUCUCCCACAGAAUUUCAGGUCGAAAGUUCUGUUGUUGUAAAUACAUGUAUCUCUCCUCCCGUCCAGUCCAAUUCUCAUACACCGCUUCGUACUCUGAGUAUGUAUCGAAGGGAACAGAAAUUUCGAAACCUCAGUAAAAUGGAAGAUUCUGAAGAUUCUUUUGAUGACCUGGAAACUGAAAAUCUAAAGAAUCAACUCAUUGAAAUGUAUAUUGAUUCGAGAGCGAAAAAGUUGAAUCAUCUUAAAAUGGAGCUCGAAAAAUACAACAAUAUCAUUUACCAAAGUUCUCGAGCUUUAGAAUUGUGUGUUCAGACCAAUAAUGUUUCUGAGAGACUCGAAGCGGAAAAAAUUCUUCUUGUCAAUGUGGUCAAGAAAACUGCUUGCGAGGAUGAACUCAGUCGAUUACAAAGUGAAUCGAUUGGUGAUAUUAUCGAUGACCCAAUUGGUAAAGUGACUUUCAACAAACUAACGAUUCCAGUGAAAGGAAGUUUCUUUGCCUCUCAAGCGAUCGGGAACGAUUCUCAUGAUUACAAUUUCAUUUGUUUAUUCAUUUGUGGGGACAAAGUUAUCGCGACAGAAACACUAAGUUCAAAUCACUCGAUUCGUGAAGCCUCUUUAAGUUUCAGCAAUCAAAUUGUGUUUGACAAUUUGCGAGAGAAUUUCAAAAUACGUUUAAACGUCUACGUUAUGGCUUCAGCAAAGAGUAAACGGAAUCACGAUAAAAAGAUCACAUCAAAAAGUUUCCGAAUCACACCGAAAACUAGACCGAAACCAAACAGUUCAUUACCAUCAAUCGAAAACUCUGAGUGCGAGAAAAACAAGAGUAACUUUAAACUCGUUGGUUAUGUUGACUUUACUCGAGAAAAUUUAUUCCAAGACACUUUUCACCUUUCGAAGUUGACAUGUCCAGAUCUUCUCGAAAAUUUGAUCACCAUUGACUCACAAAUCGGCGUUGAUUAUAAUAUCAAAUUCUCAAGUUAUCUGAAUUUCCAUGAGACCUCAGGAGAUUAUCCAGUAUGGAAUCGUCGUUGGUGUCUACUUGAUGGUCCAUCAAUCUAUUAUUGGAGAUACGCUGAAGACGAAGGUACCAAACAGCCGAUGGGCUCCAUUUGUUUGAAACAGUGCGUUAAUCCAACCAUAUCGAAAGCGACUUCGGACAUUUGCAUGAGAUCGUAUUCCUUUUCAUUCCUAACUUUUCAACGGAAAGAAAACUCAUUUCAACCAGUUCGCUAUUUAAUGGCUGCCGAUAUUCGUAAAGAAAGAGAUAUUUGGCUCGAUAGAUUGAAUAAAGUUCUAACAACGAUCAGAAUUUGGGAGAAAGAUGCCCGACAGCCUAUGGACCAAAUUUCCUUGGAUCGAGCGAUGAAGUGAAAACAAAAAAUUCUAAACGAUAUCAUCAUCUCAUUAUUAUGAUUGAUCUUUAUCACUUUUUUUUAUCAUAAUCUUUUUGCAAUAAACCGUUAUUAUUAUUACAACAA